GAGGAGGGAGGCACGGUGAACACCACCCGGUAGGAUGCCGCAUUUGGAGAUCGCCGCGCUGGUUGUCACCCUGGUAGGGGUGUGCGUGUGGACGGAUGACAGCAACAAAGUGAUCUCGGAUCGGUACGCCGUGUACUGGAAUAAAAGCAAUCCCAGGUUCCACCAGGGUGAUUACACUGUGGAGGUGAGCAUCAAUGACUACUUGGAUAUUUAUUGCCCGCACUACGAGAUCCCAUUCCCCAUGGACCGGAUGGAACGGUACAUCCUCUACAUGGUCAAUGACGAAGGCCACGAUUCCUGCGACCAUCGGCAAAAUGGCUUCAAGCGCUGGGAAUGCAACCGGCCCGACUCCCCCAACGGGCCGCUGAAGUUCUCUGAGAAGUUUCAGCUCUUCACCCCUUUCUCACUUGGGUUCGAAUUUAGGCCGGGGCACGAGUAUUACUAUAUAUCGGCAACUCCCCCGAACUUGGUUGACAAACCCUGCUUGAAGUUGAAGGUGUAUGUUCGACCGACAAACGAUUCGCUGUACGAAUCCCCGGAACCCAUAUUCACCAGCAAUAAUUCCUGCCGUAGCUUCACGGUCCCCGAUGCCUUCUUCGUGGUGGUUCCGGUUUUUUGGACUAUUCUGACUUCCUAGCCCAAGCGUGAAGGCAGAAGACCGGUCCGGAGUGUCUUUCAGCAGCCGCUGGGAAAACAAGGGGUGGGGAAAAUAAAUGAAAGACAAGGAGAGAGAGGAUGGGAGCAAAGCAGAGCAAAGAGGAGACCUUUUUUUUGCUGGGUCAGAAAAACAAAACGGAAAG